AUGGAGAGACGAACGGUGGGCGCACCCUUACCGGAUACAUCGGAUUCACAACCAAGUGAACGCAAACGCACCCGCCGCUGGCACCACCGAGGCUUCACGGGCUGCUCGACCUGUCGCCGCCGCCAUGUCCGCUGCGACGAGGCUUCCCCCGCCUGCAAUAACUGUGUUCGACUCGGCCGCGAAUGCGACGGAGCGCAGGGUCAGAUGACCUUCAAAGUCUACGGGCCUUCGCAGGCACCCGAGCCUACACCCGAGUCCUCAAGGGCACCGAAGAGACGGCAGAAAAAAUCGACAUCGAGCCCGGAGUCCAGGGAGACUGCUGUGGUUCCGACCGUCAAAAGAGAAGAGGGAGACGAGUGCACGGAAGUCGUGUCCUCCACUGUGCUGCCCCAGCCGACUGUCCAAUUCCGCUUCCAGGAUCCCGUUACGCCGGCCAGCGUGACGAGGUCAAUUCAGCGCACCGACGAGCGUUAUUUCGCGCACUUCAUUGAUCAAGUCUCAACGCUCCUAAUUAUCUACGACUGUCCCGAUAACGCGAACCCCUACCGCACGUUAUUCCCGGAAUUUGCAAAAUCAUCUCCGACAAUGGUGAACGCGAUGCAGGCAUUGGGCGCGUUACAUCUCGCAAAUACGUCGGAAGGGUCGCAACGCGAUAAGCAUUCCCAAACAGCGAUGGGAAAAUAUGGGUUGGUUGUGAGGGGAUUUCGAGCACGAUAUGCAGAUCCCAAUCAGCACCUUGGGUUGACGGAUUUCGCAACAUGCCUACUGCUAUGUCUUUUCGAGAUGAUGGACUCCCAGCAUCAGAAUUGGGCAGUGCACCUUAAGGGCGCUCGUGAAAUCUACAAUACCCUCUUUUACCCGCAUACCGGAAGUCCGGCGCGUGAAGUGCAGCGCGUUGCUGAGACAAAUCACCCACUCCGGUCAUUCCUUGUAUCUUUGCUCUCCUAUCUCGAUGUGGCCGGCGCAUGCGCGACCCCAGGAGGCACCGUUGUGGAAGGCAGCUACUGGAAAACCAUGGGCGGAGGAUGGGAGUACAAUCUUGGGACCCCAAGUUUAACCACCACCCCUGACAAUCCUCUCUUGAUUGAGCUGCGUGAAGCAUGGUCAAGCCUGAUGGAAGUGCAGGCGACGAUUAGUACUUUCGCAUCCGAUAAAAAGACAUGGAUGACUAUCGAUCAGUCAGAUAUGACCUAUAAAGAGAUUUUCAAUCAACUGGUCGUGUGGCGAGCAAUGGCCCCGCCUAGCCUGCAGCUCCUUUCGGAUCUGGACGAAGAGAGCCUUGCUCAAUACCCCUAUCCGGAGGUUCUCGAAUACGCGGGGUGUAUUGAGGCAUACGAGAAGGCGACAUUCGUCCAUUUGCUUCAGAUUGCUGGAUCUGGGCGUGUAGGCUGGAUCACCGAUUGGACAUACAUGGACAUGCUUGUCAGUCGGAUCAUCUUGCUGAUCUUGAACUUGUCAAAAGGCGUCGGUCAGCUGGCUGUCCUAUGGCCACUGUUUAUCGCCGGGCAAGAAACUCGGAGCGAAGAUGAACAAAAAUACAUUCGCCAGACCAUGGAGCAGUUGAAGCGUUUUGGCUUCAAGAACGUCGAUAAAGCCUUGGAGCUUCUGGAAGGCGUUUGGUUUAAACGACGCUCUUUUCCUGGCGGGUGGAUUCAGACUUUGGAAGAAGUCCAAACAAACAUCCUUCUCCCGUGA